CCUCCAAAAAGACUGACAUACUAGUUCGCGAGAAUUCUGAUUAUCGAAAAGAAAUUCUCCAGAAUUGGAAUUCAAAGAAAAGAAAAACCAUGGGUGAAGAAGCAUCUUCGUCAUCGUUCUUCAAGAAACACUGGGAAGGUUACAAGGAGUUCUGGUGCGAAAGAUUUUCGUUUCUUGAAAAUUAUUCAAGAUUUAUCAAGCGCGAUCAGCCUCUUCCUUCUUGGUCUUCUUCCGAUGUCGAGGAAUUUAUCGCCUCAGAUCCAGUUCAUGGCCCCACUUUGAAGACGGCAAGGGAGGCAGUAAACUUUGGUCUUGCAGGAAGUCUCAUCGGUGCAGUAUCUUCUGCUGGUGUUGCCUGGAAAUAUUCAAGAAGUUUACAGGGUGCUGGGCUGUCGUUUUUUGCUGGAGGCGUGUUUGGCUGGACCUUUGGACAUGAAAUUGCAAAUCACUCGAUGCAACUCUACAGGUUGGACACCAUGGCUGCACAAGUUAAGUUCUUGGAGUGGUGGGAGAAGAAAGCCGAAGGGCAGUCCUAAGCCUGCUUGCUGUUAAAUGGAAGUUUUAGUGAGACCUCUUUUACCAUUUCUUCAAUAAUAAUUUUCUUCUUUCAUGGUAAUAAUGUAAUGGCGAUGGAAAUUAUCCAAGGUUUUGGUGGAUUAAGACGUAAUUUCUUCCCCGGGGAUGUAGGCUAGUACAACUAUCGAUCAUAAUGGUUUUAAGAUUAUGGUUUUGGAUAAGAUUUUCAUAUUCUUCCAAAUGAAAAUGAAUAUAACUCUUUUUAGAAGCUGGGCAAUUUCCGUUGAUAAUUCCUUAA